AUGGCGCCAAACAACAAGGAUAUGCGUCGUGCGGAACUAGUCGUUCCGUACCAGGAGCCCAUUUCCAAGGGCGAUAACCCCGAAUUCAGCUCGACGCUGUCGUCGACGAUGCCCAUGGCCGCCAUGUUUACGAGGAACAAGUUUGUUGGCUGGGCUGGUGUUGUCUUUUCCAUCCAGAACUGGCUCGGCGAGAGCGCCGAGACCAAGAAGAACGGCACACCCGGCUACUUCAACGUCGGUCUUUCCGUCAUGGCCCUCGCUGUCACAUAUAUGCCUCUAUUUAUGCCGCCUCCCGAUCGUUCUGCCGCCGGCACUGCCACGGGCGCUCCCGCUCCCGUUCCUCCUGCUUAA